AUGUGUGAUGCUAGCAGCUAUGUUGUGGGCGCAGUUUUGAGUCAGCGCAAGGACAAGGUUUUGCAUCCUAUCUACUAUGCGAGUAAAACGUUGAAUGAUGUGCAGGAGAAUUAUACAACAACAGAUAAGGAAAUGCUCGCAGUGGCAAAGAUGUUGAGGAAACGUGGCAGGCUGAGCUGGCAGGUAGAGGAGAGGAAUGUUGACCCUACAAGUGGAGGCCCUGAAGUUAGAUAUGAGCCAUAUCCAAAAGGGAAAGAGACGACUUCUAAAAAUGAGUCGAGUACCCCACGGAGAUUGGCGUCGAGUGUAGGAUCGAUUCAGACCGAUCCAGAGAAGAAACACGACGUCGAGAGGUUGAAAGCUUUAUGGGCUACGACGUUCGAUGGAGCCACAGAUCCAGUAGAUGCUGAGUUAGUUGAGACCGUUAUCAGAGUUGAGUGGAGUGUAGCAAGGGUAGAAAUACUCCAGACAGGUGCGAAGUAG